AAAAAGCACAGUUGGCAGGAUCGGGUGUCUCGAUCAUCCUCACCCCUGAAGACAGACGCCGCCACAUGAACACAUCUGCCUGAGCGAUGAGCUGCCCCCCCAGAGCAGCCCCGCCCCCACCACAGACCGGGGCACCUCCACCGACAGCCCUUGCCGCCGCAGCACAGCCACCCAGAUGGCACCUCCGGGGGGUCCCCCUGCUGCCCCGCCUGGGGGUCGGGGCCACUCGCAUCGAGACCGAAUCCACUACCAGGCCGAUGUGCGACUAGAGGCCACUGAGGAGAUCUACCUGACCCCAGUGCAGAGGCCCCCAGACCCUGCAGAGCCCACCUCCGCCUUCCUGCCGCCCACUGAGAGCCGGAUGUCAGUCAGCUCCGAUCCAGACCCUGCUGCCUACCCCUCCACGGCAGGGCGGCCACACCCCUCCAUCAGUGAAGAGGAGGAGGGCUUCGACUGCCUGUCGUCCCCAGAGCGGGCUGAGCCCCCAGGCGGAGGGUGGCGGGGGAGCCUGGGGGAGCCGCCGCCACCUCCACGGGCCUCUCUGAGCUCGGACACCAGCGCCCUGUCCUACGACUCGGUCAAGUACACGCUGGUGGUGGAUGAGCACGCACAGCUGGAGCUGGUGAGCCUGCGGCCGUGCUUCGGAGACUACAGUGAUGAGAGUGACUCGGCCACCGUCUAUGACAACUGUGCCUCUGUCUCCUCGCCCUAUGAGUCGGCCAUCGGAGAGGAAUAUGAGGAGGCCCCCCGGCCCCAGCCCCCUGCCUGCCUCUCCGAGGAUUCCACGCCUGACGAACCCGACGUCCAUUUCUCCAAGAAGUUCCUGAACGUCUUCAUGAGUGGCCGCUCCCGCUCCUCCAGUGCCGAGUCCUUCGGGCUGUUCUCCUGCAUCAUCAAUGGGGAGGAGCAGGAGCAGACCCACCGGGCCAUAUUCAGGUUUGUGCCUCGACACGAAGAUGAACUUGAGCUGGAAGUGGAUGACCCUCUGCUAGUGGAGCUCCAGGCUGAAGACUACUGGUACGAGGCCUACAACAUGCGCACCGGUGCCCGGGGCGUCUUUCCUGCCUAUUACGCCAUCGAGGUCACCAAGGAGCCCGAGCACAUGGCAGCCCUGGCCAAAAACAGUGACUGGGUGGACCAGUUCCGGGUGAAGUUCCUGGGCUCAGUCCAGGUUCCCUAUCACAAGGGCAAUGACGUCCUCUGUGCCGCUAUGCAAAAGAUUGCCACCACCCGCCGGCUCACCGUGCACUUUAACCCACCCUCCAGCUGCGUCCUGGAGAUCAGCGUGCGGGGCGUGAAGAUAGGCGUCAAGGCCGAUGACUCCCAGGAGGCCAAGGGGAAUAAAUGUAGCCACUUUUUCCAGUUAAAAAACAUCUCUUUCUGUGGAUAUCAUCCAAAGAACAACAAGUACUUUGGGUUCAUCACCAAGCACCCCGCCGACCACCGGUUUGCCUGCCAUGUCUUUGUGUCUGAAGACUCCACCAAAGCCCUGGCAGAGUCCGUGGGGAGAGCAUUCCAGCAGUUCUACAAGCAGUUUGUGGAGUACACCUGCCCCACAGAAGAUAUCUACCUGGAGUAGCCGUGCGGCCCCGCCCUCUGCGUCCCCCGGCCCUCAGGCCAGUGCCAGGACAGCUGGCUGCUGACAGGAUGUGGCACUGCUUGAGGAGGGGCACCUGCUACCACCAGGGGAUGAGGAAGUGGGGGCUGCUGGCCCAGGGUAGGGGAGGGUGGGGCAAUGGGGAGAGGCAAAUGCGGUUUAUUGUAAUAUAUGGGAUUAGAUUCAUCUAUGGAGGGCAGAGUGGGCUGCCUGGGGAUUGGGAGGGGCAGGGCUUGGGGGGCAGGCCUCUGGCAGAGAGGGAUGUCCGUUUCAGGAGCACACGGCCCUGCCCCAUCCUGGGCCUUACCUCCCCUGCCAGGGCUCGGGCGCUCUGGCUCCUGCCUUGAUGAAGCCCGUGUCCUGCCUUGAUGAAGCCUGUGCCACCUGCAAGUGCCCACCCUGCCCCUGCCCCAACCCCCACCGAAGAGCCGUGAGCUCAGGCUGAGCCCAGCCACCUCCCAAGGACUUUCCAGUGAGGAAAUGGCAACACGUGGAGGUGAAGACCCCGUUCUCAGCUCCGUCAUUUGCGGGACUUUGGGUGGCUCCUGCCACUGACCUCACCGGCAUGCUGGCCUGUGGCAGGCCUAGGACCUCAGUGGGGAGGAGGAGCUGCCGCAAGGCCCUGUCCCAGCAGGAGGGAGGCUUCCUGACUGACACAGGCCAGCCCCAUCUUGGUCCUGUCACCCUGGCCCCAACUAUUAAAGUGCCAUUUCCUGUCUGGA